AGCUUUGAGUUUGUGAUUUUGUUGGGUAGUGUGAUGAUUUUAAAUAUCUGGCAUCCCUGAAUCUAAUGCUGUUUUUACUGAGCAUGUCCAUCCAAGUGACGAAUAUUUUUUCUAUACAUGUGUGGGGUUGUUGUAAAUUAAUAACAGAGCAGCUAAGCUGAAAUAAAGAAAAAACCAAACUUAACUUUUCUUGUAAACAAUUUCUGGAUUACGCUAAAUGUUUAAUCGGUGGUAUAGAAUAUUUCUAUGUAGAAGAUUGCACAUGAUUCUCAACCAGGAGAAAGAAAAUAUAAGGCUUUGUUAAAAAUGUGUAUCAUUGUAAUACAAUAUCUGUAGGGAUGACAAAGAUGUCGGAACGAGUACACCAACUGGUGGAUAAAUAGUAUAAAAAUAUCAAUAUUUGAAAAGAUGUUUUGGACGCCACAUAAUAGUUUUGUAUUUAUUUACUGUUCGAGUUAUCUGUCUUUCGUUCUGGGUUUAGUGCAGAAUAAUGCUUUCACCAUCAAAUGUAUGAUAGACAUGCUAAAUCAAUGCCCGCCUAAUUCCUCAUGUGAUGAAGGAUUGUGCAUUUGUCUGAGUCAUUUUCAACAGAAUCCUGCUUUUAAUGAACAUGAACGUAAAGACUUCUGCAUUAUUCAACAAACAUCGGUUGCGACACCCACAGCUAAUAAAUCGGUCACAUUCAAUAUGGUAUUUAAGGAAUCUCCAGAUGCUCAUCACAUUCUUGGGGGAAUUUUAAUACCAGUGUUUGCCGUAUUAGUAAUUCUCGCGACAAUUGUCUUGACGAAGAAAUUGCAACUGCUGCAAAAGGUUCGGCAAAUGCUAUUUUCAAGUCGAGCUAGACGGCCUGCAUACGAAGAUGUUGUAUUAGUAGGCUAUGAACAAUAAUUCCAAAGAUUCGAGGAAAACUUGUUUGUAAAUCCGUAAAUUAAAACGAACAACAAAUAGAUUUGAUAUACCGUAAAAGUUAAGAAUAUGUGACUGUAUUGUUUUAUAAUUCCUAAAUUUGUACCAAAUUAUUGCAAGCACAAGAUUCCCAUGAGGAAAACAUAAGAUAGGUUAUAUGAAUGAGUGGUAAACUAAAGACUAUCUGUACAAAAUAACGAUAUACGAUCAUAUAAAUUAACACACGAAAUGUAAAUAUAUUCUAAAAUUCAAAAUAAGAUCAUUUUUCAUAAUCAAUUGGAUAAUAACAAAUAAUUAGACGAAUAAUGUAAUCUAUUUCAUAGAUACAAGCAAAGGAAAAUAAACGAUAAUAAAUGUAUCAUGGAAUAUUCAUCAGAA